CCGGGACUUUAAAGCGCCAUUUUGUGCUGGGCGCAGGACAUCGAUCGCUGUUCACACCCGGCGGGCGCCCGGUGGCGGCCGGAGCCUGCCUUCGGCGCUGCCUCCGCUCUGCCUUCUCGGCGUCUGUCCCGCCACCCUGUCCCGCUGCCUCCAUGACCCGCAGUAGGAAGCAGGCGGCGCUGGAGAGAGGAGCCGGGAAGAUGAACACAGAGCCGGGGAGCGCCGCGGCGGCGGCCGCGGGAGCCCGGGCGGCGACGGCAGCAGGGGCAGGGGCAGCCGGCGGCGAACCGGCGGCCGCCGCCUGGGGGCUGGAGGGGGAGGCGGAGAAAGUUGUGUACUCGCGCUCGCAGGUCUCCUUCGCCGGCACCAAGGCGCUGGGCGACGCCCUCAGGCUCUUCAUGCCCAAGUCCACGGAGUUCAUGAGCUCCGACUCGGAGCUGUGGAACUUCCUCUGCAGCCUCAAGCACGAGUUCUCCCCGGUCAUCCUCCGCAGUAAGGACGUCUACGGAUACUCCUCCUGCCGCGCCGUCGUCCCCGACCCGCCGCCGCCCUCGGAGCGGCCCCGCCGCCGCGCCGGCAAGCGGCGCCUCCCGGCCGCCGACGCCAAGCGCCGGGCCGGGGCGGCGGGCGGCAGCGCCAAGCGGCGGCGGCGGCGGCGGCGCCGCAGGAGGGAGCGGGGCAGGCAGUGGCCCGCGGCCGGUGACCCCCGCGCUCAGGAGGAGGAGGCGGCGGCGGAGGCGCCUGAGCCGCCGGGCCAGCAGGCGGACAGCGAGCAGGGCAGCCCGGCGGCGGCCGCCUGGGAGCCGUUCGGCGGCAAGUCGCUGGAGGAGAUCUGGAAGGCGGCCACCCCUCGCCUCACCACGUUCCCCACCAUCCGUGUGCGGGGCAGCAUGUGGAGCCGGCGGAGCCUGGCGGCGGCGCGGCGGCGGGCGCAGCGGAUCCUCGGCGUGGACCUGUCCCCCGUGGUGCGGGUGCGCCGCCUCCCCGUGGCACCGUCCUGAGCCUGCGGGGGCUCUGCUCCCCGCGCUUCACCUUGGCCGCGGUGCGGACAAAGAGACCGGUAUCAGUCACCUGUUUACAUUGCUUUUGUCUGGAUCGUGUUCUGCUGCUGCACUUUAUGGGCCGCUCGGGCGGCGCCGGGCCCCCCGCCGCACGGGGGGCGGCCUGCCGGGCUCCGGCCUCGUCCCGGGGUGGGACCGCCUGACAGGUAUCACGCGUGGGGACCAAGUUCCACUUCCACUUUUUUUUUCUCUCCCAUUGGGCUACCUCACUGGUCCAGAAGUCCACCCAAGAAGUUAUUUUCCAAAGGAACUUACUUUCAUGCUUGUAUAAUAAAGCACCAUCUGAUUCUUGCUAUUUUUUUUUCCUUUCCCCCUUUCCGAUGGAUUAUGUAUGCUUUGUGGUGUUGCACUAGUAUGUGCUCAGGGUAUUUUGAAUCCCAAGCAUUCCCAAGUUUCAGUUUACUCUGAUAAAGGAUGCGUAAAGAAUGGAGGUUCAGGACUUGUGGCUGUUCUUGAUGGUGCAAAAACUUUUUAAAUUUUAAUUUCAUGAGUUUAGUGAUAUAUAAAGAUGUAUCGCGCAGUAUAAUUGUUAAACUUUUGUAUCUAAAGUCAUUUUUAAAGUUUUCUAGUUGAACUAAGUAUUUGUUUCUAUGGAGCACCUAAAGAUAGAAUCAUCCUGAUAUUUUAUAACCCUGUUUGCUUUAGGGAAGCUCAUUUGGUCAACCUAAGUGAACUUAAUAAAAGUCAAAGAACAAAUGGUGUUUCAGUUCAAUGAAACUGCACAGGGAUGGGUUCCUGGUGAAGUACACCACCGCUGAGGUGCUCUGUGUCAGUGAGCUCUGGCUUUGAGAAGAAUGUAACUGCACAUCAAAGCAUUAUAUAGGUGUCUGGGGGUGAACUAUGAUCCAGCAUUGGUACUGACAGCCAUAAGUGCGUAGCUUGCAUGACACAAAUAUGUCACUGAAGUGCCUCUCUCUGCAGAAAGAGUAAGACUUGAUAUCUGGUCACUUGAUAACAAACUAACACUUGUUGUCCUGUGGUUGUGAGAUGGUUAAUGAUGGAUAAUUGUGUUUAAUAUAAUUACUUGCACAUAAUUAUUUCUAUAAACCUUUCAUGGGUUCCACAGUAGACUGAUGAAAAAUUCAUUAUGUAGCAUUAUUUUGACUGAAAAAUAACAUGUAGUCAUUAUAUAUGAUAGGCAGUCUCUCUUUAAACUGAUUUAUUAAAGGCUUUUUUAGCUCUUAUGCUUUACAGUUGGUGUGUGAGGAGCAAAGGUGUGUGUGAGAGAGAAAGUGAUUGAUUAUUCUCUUUUGGCAUAAUUUUUUUUAUGCUUGCAAGAGGGUUAAGAAAUGCUGGGUAAUACACAGCUUAUGUUCCAACUAUCCUGGCAGAUGAGACUAACCAGUUUUCAUGGUGGAAUGAACAACGUUACAACUUGCUUAUAGAAUCAUUUGGUGAUUUAAAAUUUCUGAUGUUUCUUGACUCCUUGUUGCCUACCUUCAACAAAGGCAGUAAGACAUCUUGAUGAUGUAGGGGCUGCUUGUAAGAACUUGCUAGUAUUAACAUAAAGCAGCCAGCUUCUUUUAAAAACCUGUAUAUUUUGUUGGUUUUUUUCUUACUUAGUGAAACUUCAAACUCCCUAUUCUUCCAAACUAAUGCUUAAUCUAUUCUACAUCCAUUUGGCUUUUGAAAUUGUUUACAUAACGUUAGACUGUCUGCUGAUGGCUGCAGUAGUGCCACGUUGCGUUUCAGAAGUGAAUUAAAUGAAAGUUCAAGGGUGCAUGUUGUUGUGCUGUUUCUCUGGAUAUAAUACCUGCUUAACUCUAAAAGCAAAAUUGAGUUCAUUUAAAACCCAGUAAGGCAAGCUGCAGAGUUACCAGGUGCUAAGGCUCAGGUAUUUCAAUUUUGAAAUUCUACUGCAGAAGCACAAGAGUAUCGUUAAUAGUUCCUUAAGUGUAUAGGUGAUUUGAGUGCUCCUAUUGUCAGGUUGAGGGGUUUUUUAGUAUUAUUUUCAACUCUGUAGAAAGAUGAUAAAAUUAAGGAUUGACUUGUGCAGAUUCUUAACUCCUAAACAGGCGCAGGACAGGCUAGGUCAGAUUUCAAAGGUGAGAGUUAAGGCUUCUAGAAGUAUCAUAUGGUAGACACUGUAUUGAAUUUGUGCUGCCUUGUUUGGAGGCAUAUCCUGAAAUGUUCUGUAUAAGAACAAGAUAUAGUGAAGUAACUUAUGACUGUUGAGUGACUCUUGUUCUGGGGCCUCUAUGAGUAAGAUUUGCUGAUUUUUCUCUUGGUUGUGCUUGGACAUCUUGGUUUAGAAGUGGGAACUUUAUUGAGGGUAUAGUGUGUUUUGCUGAUACCCCGUUAGCAUGUUGGGUUGAAGUUUCACUGAGGUCUGAACUCCUCUGACAGCUGCAUUUAUGGAUUAUUAACUGAGCUAUUUCAGUCUGUGAAGUCAGUUGAGAAUGGGAAAUCUUUAGUUGGGUUUUCUGGUGAUGUAAUGAGCUGAAAUGGCUCAGCAAAGGUUCUGAGUACAGGAUGGGGUGUGAAAGCCAGCAGGUCACAGGGAAGCUAGACCAGCUUAUUUCACGGUCGUAUUCAUGGCAGUUUGUGGCAAUCCAGGACAGGAUUGUCUGUGGUCCAGUUUCCCCCCAUCUUUUUCCUUCUCAAAGGUGCUAUUUGCACCUACCUCUCUGUGGUCAUCGGAGGAAACUAAGCAAGCAGUCUUCAGUUUUAGGUUUGGCUUCUGUUCAAACUUCUAGCUGUAGACCAGAUCUGAGGAAGGUUGGGAAAGGGUGUGCAGUAUUGCCAUAAUAUUGAAUUAGAUAAUUUUAAGCAUGAUAGCAGUAGGUUUUUUUUAUGAAAAGGGAUGAUACUAUUUUUGUAUUCUACAUAUAUGUGUGGAGUUGGAGUUAGCAUAAUGGAUUAGACAAACCUCUGGUCUGACUCCAUGUGGCUGUUCCUGCAGCCACUCUGAGCAGUGUGAGAUGCUUGAUUUAACUCAGUGGUUUCUACAUCCUGUCACAUGGGGCUAAUUCUGAGACUGACAAAAUUCAGGCCCAGAAUAAAUCCAGUGUACAAUGCCCAUUCUACUUUAGUCAGCAUGGAUAGUCUCAUAUUAAACAGGAAUUUUGUGGUAGCCUCUGUUGCUGGUUCCCUACCUUAUGAGCUCCCUUUAUACUAUAUAAUAUGAGCUAUUUUCUUUACUAGAUCUGAAUUUUCAACCAGUCACUCAAAGGUUACUGAACUUCAAAAUGCCACAGGGCCAAAAAGAGUUGGUCAAUGGCUCCAGAUGUCAAUUGAGGUGACCAUUGGUCUAGCUUGUUGCCUGGUGUGGUCUUUACAUUCAAGAGGCAGUGCCUUCCUCUGAGUCAUUGCACAAAUACGUUGUUCAGGACUAAGCUAAUAAACGGAGAAUGCAGUGCAAGAGUUCUCCCAAGCUCUAUUGUUACAUAAAAAUUUUUGCAUCAAAAGGAUCAAAGUGUACAACCGGUCCCUGAAACCUUCUGUUGCUGGUCUUUAAACAACAAAAAGUCUUAAUAUGGCCAAACCCUGUGCAGAGCAUCAUUGCAUUUGCAGAAGGCAAUUCUAGUACUUGGAUUUUGCGUUGAAGGGGUAGGGAACAUUGUGUGCACCUGUAUUUCCUUGCCUAUCAGAGGCAAAAGGCAGAGUGAAUCUGGUUUGAAGAUUUCAGCAUUGAUCCUGAGUAAUUGUUCACUUACUGCUUCUUCAGCAAGGCGGAGUCCUGGGCUCUUUAUGCUGUUUAAAAUAGUUGACUUAUGGUAAUAUGUGUUGGCUCAAUGCUGUACUUCAAGCCCAAAGUUUGCAUGCCUAUGAACCCAGUAAUACAGAAAGUGUCUCUAUUUCCUUUUGACCCCAUGGACCAACACAAAAAUUUUGAUUUGUAUGUAUGAGUGAAAACCAGUGAUUUGGGGUUGAACAAAAGUUUUUAUUUGAUUUGAAAUGCUCAGGUUUUGCUUGUGUCUAUAAACACAGGAAGUCUGGAAGCAAAGGACUGGAUUGACAAGAGUGAAUGGAAGUACCUCAUGGAAAUGAGGCAAUUCAUAUCAAGAAAGAAGGUAGAUCCUAGAAAUCCUAGACUUCAAAGACACAAAUUUCAGUGCCCCCUUUGUUACACUUGUGAGGGUGAUCUUUGAAGUUCUGUGUUAUGGAGAACCAUGUUAUAAGAGUUUGAACCAUUUAACUCUGUACAAUAAAUACUCCCUAAGUGAGAAAAGAUUACUGAAUAUCACAGUUUUUAGGGAACACCUUGCUUCUUCAUCCACUAUUUAUUUUAGGUGAGCAUAACUGCCUUAACCAAAAAGACUGAGGCAAACCUAUCCCAGAGUAUUCUGUGGUAGGGAAUCUACUCCAGUGGUGAUUCCAAAUGUUGGAGUGCUCCUGAUGGUUUAUUCCUGAUCCAUAAUGCGGCAUCCAGUAUAUGUGGUGGUAGGACUAUGUAGGAGCAUUUUGGAUGACGUCUUAUCCCUAAUCAAGGCAAAGAAAUUUUUUAAUACUGUAAAAAUAAAGCACACACAUAUGUAUAUAUAUAAUUAGUGUUAAUACUUCAAUAUCUUCAUAAAAUUACAAAAAGUUUCUUGCCAGUAUUUUUUAAAAUGUUUUCCAGGGUUGAUUCCAGGAAUAAAGUCUUAUUUAUCCAUUUAUUUACUGUAAAACUCCUCAUGAAACUGGUUAGUAGUACUCAACAUUAUAGGAGAUGGAAGAAGUGGGCCUUCAUUCAUGCAUUUUUACUCAAACAGGUGUGCAGCCAAACAGAAAAGUCUGUGUUCCCUGUACUUUCUGCUGGGCUUUAAGAAAGCUUCCAUUAUGGUUUUCUUUCAGCCUCCUUAUUUGAGACUACAGAAGAUUAGCAUUGAUAGUGUUGAAGUUAUGAGAUGAUAGUGUCAAAGGAAAACCCAGUCUCUUGAACGGCUCUCACUGUUCUGGGUUUCUUUUGUUUGAAUCUGUGAUCCAAGAUGCCUUUUCAAAGUAUUUUAGAAAAAGAAGUUUCUUUCCAUCUCCCCUUGAAUUCCUAAAAAUUCUAAAAUGAAGAUAUUAUGUAUUAUUUUUUUUUUUCCUUUCCAGCUGAGUGGUUGAAAUAACAACCAUCCACUUUAUACAUCCCAGGACUGUUAAAGUCAUUUAUAACUGAACUUAUCCCAUGUCUCUGUAAGGUAAAUGGUGAAAAAAUAACAUAUCUUUCUGAAUUAACUGUGCAUGUCAGAUUAUAUAGGAAGCUGUCACAAUCCAAUUUCCGCCUCUAAGGCUAUGUGUCUACUCAGCUAAAGGGAAUUUGUGACACAGUUUGGGACCAGUGAUGCAAAUUUUCUUGAAAUAGAGCAGAAAGUGUGGGUUAGGGCAUGGUAUCCUAUCCUGUCCUGUCCUAUCCCUUCAUUCUUCACAAGCUCCAGUGUAAAGAUGUCAUGUGGGACUGUGUUGGAAGCAUUACAGAAUUCUAGGCAGAUGGCAUUGGGGUUGGUCUUCCCUUGACCAUUGCAGUCACUCCAUCACAGCAGUCACCAGACUGGUCAGGCAUGAUUUGCCCUUAGUGAUCACCUCUCUGUCUCAUGUGCGCCUUCAUUCUUCACAAGCUCUGGUGUAAGGAUGUCAUGUGGGACUGUGUUGGAAGGAUUACAUAAUUCAAAGCAUUAAAGUUUCAAAUAGCAAUGAUUUCCUAAGUAUACAUAUAUAAUUAUGUAUAGCAAGGGCUAAAUUUUACAGAUAGUAUAUAUAAUUAUGGAAGCUAGUAAUCAGUAAUAGUGUAUGUAUGUAUUCAUGCAUACAUGCACUCAGCCCCCAAAGCAGUUCUCCUAAAGAGGCUACUGUUGUAAGUUUUAUCUGUCCGAUGCCAUUGGAACAUAUAUUCUAAAAAUGUCCCACAUAUAUUCUAAAAAUGCCCCAUAUUUUCAUAGGUCAACAAAACUUUCCCAAGGCCACAGAAAUCCCUCCUGGAAUUUACCUUGUGUACUUCCUACUGGUUAUCCCAUCCAGAAACUCCUUUCAAAUAAGGUUUCUAUAGACUUCUGCCUCAUGGUAAAUCCACUAAUACUAAAAAGUUGUGGUAUAAUCACGUAGCACUUGUGGUCUUAGGAGGUUGUGAGGGGAAUUCAGCUCUUCCAGAGGAAUGGGUAUCCAGUUUUUCUUUUACUUUCACGGUGACAGUUGAGAGAGGAAGCAACAAGAGGCAGAAAAUCUUAAACCCAAUAUUUUUUCUUAGGAGAAAUACUGAAGUGCAAUUGAGUGGCCUUCAGCAGGAAGGGUCACACAGUGCAGUCACAAAAUGCCUUCCAGUUAAGUACUUUUCCCAGGAAAAAACACAAAGCACCUUAUCCUGUGAACAGACAGAAGCAGUGCAGUGCUGAUUCUGAGUGGGCUUUAAUGUGGUUGUAAAUGUCAGGUGUGGUUUUUCAUAGAAAUUCUCAGAACUUUGUAGCUUAGGCUAUACUAAAGGAAUAGUCAGAUUUUCUUUUCAUUCCUAGAUCUUUCAAGAAACUCAACGUUUAAAUCUUUUAAGAGCUGCCCAACCUAUUUUUUUUCCCCAAAGAUAUACCAGUUGCUCAGGAAGCUGUGCCUGUGGAACACAAAAUAACUCAGGUUGGAAGGGAUUUACAGAGGUUAACCGUGUCGAACAACAUCCUCCACAAGCAAGCACAGAUGAAAGAUGUUUUGGAACAUCGUCCUCUAAAGGCAUCCUAAACUAUUCAUAAAAAGAAAAGGAAUAGGGAGAGAAUUAAUUAGAAACAAUACGGGGGCAAAUUUUCCUGUAUUGAAAUGUAUCCCAGGGUCCUGAGGGAACUGGCUGAUGGCAUUGCCAAGGCACUCUGUCAUAUUUGAAAAGUCAUGGCAGUCAGGCCACUCUUGGAGACUGGAAAAAAGGAAACAUCAGUCCUAUUUUUAAAAAGGGGAGAAAGGAAGUCCCAGGGAACUGCAGACUGGUGAGCCUUUUCUCUGUGCCUGAAAAGAGCACGGAGCAAGUCCUCAUGGAAGCGAUGCCCGACAGAGAGGUGAUCUGAGAAAUCACUAAGGGCAAAUCAUGCCUGACCUGUCUGGUGACUGCUGUGAUGGAGUGACUGCAGUGGUCAAGGGAAGACCAACCAAUGCCAUCUGCCUAGAAUUCUGUAAUGCUUCCAACACAGUCCCACAUGACAUCCUUAUCUCUUAGUUGGGGAGGUGUGAAUUCAAAGGGGUGGACUGGUUGGUGAAUAAGGAAUUAGCCAGAUGAAUGCACCAGAGAGCUGUGGUCAAUGACAGGUUGGAUGAGGCUUUGAGCAACCUGGUGUAGUGAAAGGUGUCCCUGUCCAUGGCAGGGGGAUUGGAACUAGAUGACCUUUAAGGUCCAUUCCAACCCAAGCAAUUCUAUAACUUUAUGAAAUCCACAAUGGAAAAAGAUGGUGCUAAUCUUUGAUAUUGUAAAAUCUGUACAUUGUGACCAUAAUGUCAUUUGGAGCUUUUUAUCUUCUCAUCUUGUAUGAUAAAAUUAAUGAUGCUGAACAGAAAAAUCCCAGUACUUAUUUCUGUGGACAAGUGGAAAGAGGUAGAGGAGAAAGUGGAGGAAAUUUUUGUCAAUUUUUUUUUUUAAUUGUUCCAUCUGCUUUACUACUACCUUUGUUUUAUGAUCCAGCCUUUCAAUGCAGCUCCAUGUAAUUUGACAGCAUUCCUGAUUGCAGUGAGUUGUGCUACAGAGAAUAUACCCUAGGUGCUCUUAAAACAUAUUAAGUAUUUGAAUACUGACUAGAUACAUCAAAUGUGCUCAUUUAUUAGCGAUAAAUAAUGAUCUUCUGUGUAACAAAUGUGUGUAAAUUACUUCCAUCUGCACAUAAAUUUCACCUCAUUGUCCAGUAUCUAAUGGAAACCUUUCUAUCAUACCAGGUGUCUUAAUAAUUCCCUGGUGUUUUUGUACCCUCCUUCUGAUUUGGCUUGACACUUAUAUCAUUGUCUUUUAACUCAUGUCCAGCUUCCUCUUCCAUAUUUUCACUGUAUGUAAAAGUCCCUUUCCUAUUUAAAAAAAAAAUCAUAAUUUCCAGGAUCAUUGACUACUUGAAACAAUUUGAAUGAAACAAAACCUCCUGGAAUUUGGAGAGCUGCCUGAAAUGAUCUUGAAAAAUAAGUUUGUCUUAAUGAAAAAUGUCCCAUUAAAAGAAAAGCACAAAGCA